CCUGUGACACAUGCAGGAGAGAGAACUGCACAAGAAAUGAGAAAAAGAAAAAAAAAAGCUAUUGGAAGCACGGAGAUGACUCUGCUUAUUGUUUUAUUUCUUCUUGUGGAAUUAUGGGAGACCGACGCCAUUUCAGCAACAGGAGUGGUGGGAGACAAGACCACAAUAAAAUGCUCUCAUUCCAACGCUUACAGCAACGUCAAAUACUUCUGCAAGGCAACGUGUGACAAUGAAGACAUCCUGGUGACGAGCAGAGAGACGAACAAGGAUUCAAAUGGAAAAUACAGUAUUGAAAAUAACGGGAACACGUUCACCGUGACCAUCUCUGAUCUGACAAAGGAUGACUCUGGAACUUACUGGUGUGGAAUCGAAAGGUUUGGUCUCGACACGUAUAAUGAAGUCGUCCUCACAGUCACAGAGGAAGAUACUAAGGGUCAUGACAGCAUCCACCGAAAAUCAGAUUUAGAUGAAACAAUUAAUACAAAUUCUUUAUCCUCUGAGAAGCUGGUGUAUAUCGGAGCAGGUCUCGGUGUGGUUUUGUUGGUUCUGGCAAUGGUCCUUCUAAUAUUCUUCAGACAUCGAAAGAGACACAUCAGUGCAUCUUCUGGAAUGCACCCUGACAGAGUCAAUGCAACGCCAUGCUUUCAGAAACAGGAUGCCCAACAUGACACCACCAGUUACUCAGCCAAUGAGGAUCAGCAAACAGACGGCAGCAUCGACAGCAUCGUCUCUUCAGCUUCCAACCAGCACCGAAAUACCAGCAGAGACAAUAUUUACUCCAACAUCACAGUCUCAUCGGAGCCUCAGAUCCAACCAGAAGACCUUUUUUACUCCACUAUCAGCUUUAAUGGACACACAGACAUCAGCACCGUCACUCCUCGCACUGCAACGGCCACAUAUUCGACCCUUAAGCACACAUGGACAGAUGAAUCUACAGAUGACUGCAGCAUGAAGAAACUUCAGAGUAUCCUGGAGGGAAGAAGUGUCCGAACCACACCACCUAUCCACAGGGGUUCCUCAAGCAGAGACAGCAAUUGUUGCAUUAAGACUGUAGAAAACUGUACAAACUGUCCGACCGAGACAAUGAGGAUAACCUUGAAAGUCUUCGUCUGCCUAAUGACAGUUAGUGUGAGUUUAUUGCCUGUGAUGGAAAGUAAAAGAGGAUCCGUCAACAAAAACUGUGAAAACACAGCAGUGACCUUUACUGCAUAUCGUGGAGGUUCUGUUACCGUCAACUGCACGUAUCCAAGAGCAGAAGCAAGCAGCGUUAAAUUAUUCUACAGAGAUACAACCAGUCUAAUAUCAUCUUUCCAGUCACAACACACAAAACGAGACAGGUUUUCUCUGACAGACGAUAGACAACAAGGAGUCUACACUGUGAUUAUUUCCUCACUGAAUGAGAGCGACGCUGGAAAAUAUUGGUGUGCUAUGGAAGGUGUUAACGACAACUCCACUACAUGUUUGACCGAGAUCCUCCUCCGUAUUUUGAAUUGGGAGGACAUUAAACCAUUGAAAAUCAGUGAACAUCUCUUACAGUCUGUACAGAUUACAUGCCCGUAUCCUAAAAGCCAUGAGGGUAAUGAAAAAUUCCUGUGCAAGGGGGAGAAUCCUUUAAACUGUGAGGAGUUAAUACAAACAACAAAGGAGGACAAUGCAAAUAAAGGCAGAUUUAGUAUAAGGGAUAAUCAAAGGUUGGCUUACUUCUAUGUGUACAUCAAUCAUCUGACCGAAGCCGACUCUGGAACAUACUGGUGUGGCUCCGGAAGAACCAUGCAGCAUGAUGAAUACACCAAAAUACAUCUUUCAGUGGUUGCAAAAGGCCCCAAAACCAAGACACUAGACCCUCCAGGUCAGCAGACAACAACAACAGAACCAGGACUGACCACAAUCAAACACAGACUAGGACAGAACGAUGACAAGGACCCAGUGAGUCCAUCCAACAAAUAUGACUUAAACAGGAUUGUUGGAGUUGGACUGUGUCUGGUGUUAUUAGUAGCAUUAUCUGUGGUUGUACUAAUAGUGUACAGGCGCAAAUGCCUCAAAGCACAAGGAGGAUCACCGAAGCCGAGGACAAACGCUGUACAUCACUCUGAGAAAAAUAAUGAAGAUCACAACUACGAAGAAAUACAGUUGCAGAACCAGGCGGAGAGCUCGCCGACGACUGUUUAUGCGACUGUCAGUCUUCCUGCAGACCUGCUUCACUACUCCAGCGUCACUUUCCACAAGAACGGAAACUCACCUUCUGACACAGAUAUAAAUGGCACAGCUCUGGAUGCCACCCAUCCUCCAGCAGCAGAGCAAACUCUCUAUUCUACAGUAAGAAAGAGCGACGAAGAACAAUAAUAUAGCCGGUCUUUUAAUGUGUAUUUGCAGGAGAGUUUUUAUUUUGUUUUUUAUUUUUUGGGAGGGGGGGUCAGAUUUGUGACAUAAUCCGGUUGGUACAAUUCUCAGAUCACUAGUUGGUGAAGUGUGGCUCAUAAUAUCACAUACAUAUUAAUGCAUGUGUGCUCAGAAUAUGAAGGUGAACAUCCUGUUUAGGAAUCUUGCUGUAUCCGGUUUUAGUCAGUCACUCUUCGUAAACACAGGCUUUCUGUAUAAAUUUGUUUCUCUGCUGAAGUCAUGGCAAAUGGAAUCAUGCUCACAUAAGUAGGCACUGUAAGAAAGAAAAUACCUGCUUACUGCUUUUUAUUUCAUGAGGUAAUUCAGAGUUAUUAGGAUUUAAUAAAUUCCUCAUGAACUACUUGUUAAUUAACUGGAAAUAGUUAUGGAUUUGUUCCAUUGCUAACUCAUAGUACCUUGUAAAGCAUUGUUGACUAUUGUUUAUCGAUUUUGCUUUUUCAGUGUGGCACAUUAAAUAAUAAAAGGUGAAGAUGCAGACAAA